CACCGACCAAACCCAUCGUCAACUGAGGCCAAGUACCACGACGACUUUUCAUCCUCACCAACCCUAUCCAACAACCCGGCGAAAGCUAUUCAAGAUGGCGAAAGGAGUCAAAGCCCACGAGCUGGCCACCAAGAACAAGGCUGAGCUGACGUCUCAGCUGGAGGAGCUGCGAGGCGAGCUUCUCAGCCUUCGCGUUCAAAAAGUUGCUGGAGCCUCUUCCAACAAGCUUGCCAAGAUCAAGGGCGUCAGGAAGGGUAUUGCUAGAGUUCUUACCGUCAUCAACGCCAAGACUAGAGCUAGCUUGAGGGAACACUACAAGGGAAAGAAGUACUUGCCUCUUGACCUUCGCCCCAAGAAGACCCGUGCCAUCCGUCGCCGUCUGACCAAGCACGAGCGCACUCAAGUUACCGAGCGUCAGCACAAGAAGGACAUUCACUUCAACCGUCGUCGAUACGUCCUGAAGGCUUAAAUGGGCAACAACUAACACGCCAGAUCGUGCAGUCAACAUGACUUGCCAAUUAGUCAAACAAGUCGAGCGAGCAAAGGUGCUCGCUGGUCAUAGGUCUGUCACCGGUCAUUCUUGACACGAGCGACGCCAAAAAUGUACACAACACAACCACCCCCACAUGCAUUCACGUUUCACUCUACC